CGGUUUUAACUUUACUUGCUCAAGGAAGUAUUUUGAUUGUUUUAAAUAAGUUUUGCAUACAAUUACAGCAACAAAAUUGAAAUUGCAAAAUGGCAUAUUGUUAAAUAUAUAUGGUAGUAUGUUAUCAAUGUGUAUUUACAUUGAUGGCAACAGGUUUUGGCCUCAUAAAAAUUGUAUUUCAGAUGCUGAUCUAGUUCAACAAAUGUGAAACUUGUGACUUCGUGUAGUGAGGUCGGUGAAGUACAGAAGGAUCUAAUGCAAUAUUUGGCGUUUCCGUCGAAAGAAACAGAAUAAUGGCGUCUUCAACGAAAAAUAGUGUAGUCAUGCCAAAACCAAAGAUAGUUAGAUUGUACAUGUGUACCUGGAACGUUGGUACAACUGACCCUCCUAGUGAUAUGACAGAACUCCUAGGGCUGGAUAAACCUUAUAAAAUGCUGCCUGACAUGUAUGGCAUAGGUUUACAGGAAGUGAGCACAGGUGAUGCAGAUGCAGAAGACAACAAAUGGACAAAAACUUUAACAAACAUUCUCGGGAAAACAGGAUAUGUACGGGUGAAAGUGGUAAGAAUGCAGGGCCUGUUAUCGUUAGCCUUUGUGAAGAGGGAGAACCUAUUGAGCUACGAACACAUCGAGUCUGAAAGGUCCAAGGCUGGUAUGGGUGGCUGGUGGGGCAACAAAGGAGGUGUCAGCACCAGGUUUGAUAUCAACGGUGUCAACCUCAUCAUGGUCAACGCCCACUUGGCAGCUCAUAUGAACAAUGCUAUGGAGCGUAUCGAGGAUUUCUUUACCAUUCUAGACACACAGAAGUUUCGGGACAAGGACGUUGAUAAUAUUCUAGAUCAUGACUAUGUGUUUUGGAUGGGAGACCUGAACUUCCGCCUGGAUGACCUUAGCAGAUCAGAGGUUGAAAAAGAUAUAGAAGCUAAGAAUUACAGUGCCUUACUCAAGAAGGAUCAGCUCCUGAGAUGUAAAGAAGAAGGGCUGGUAUUCACUGACUUUGAAGAGGGACCUAUCACGUUUGCCCCGACCUACAAAUUUGACCCGGACACAGACAUUUAUGACACAAGCGAGAAGCAGCGUGUGCCGGCCUGGUGCGAUAGGAUCUUGUGGAUGGUUCAUGAAGACUCCUUCCAGAACCUUGAUCUCAGUGUGAAACAGUUGUACUACAAAUCUCUACCCUCCUACAAGACAAGUGACCACAAACCUGUCGUCUCAGAGUUUCAAUUCCCGGUGUUUCCCCAUCCACCCAACCCACCUGUCGUGACAAUCCAGGUCCCCUCCGUGUGGAAGCUGGGUAAAGAAGUGGAUGUUACAUACACCUACAGGACCAACCCAGACCUGGCCUCGUCUUCCUGGGACUGGAUAGGCAUCUACAGGACUGACUUUGCAACGUACAAUGACUACAUCAGCUACAAGUACGCAGAGAGCAACACAGGAGACAAGGGCCAACCAAAUAUCACAGUGACCUGGAAGGGAAAAGAUAUGCCUACAUACCCGGGAAAAUAUGUUCUGUGUUACAUAAGCAAGGUCAAGAACAUCCUCAUGGGAAUGAGCAACGAGUUUCAGAUUGUCCAAUGAGAAACAGAUGACAUCAUGAAGGCCUGGUCAUAACAAAGUGCCUACUAUCCUACUGUUACAGUCAAAAUGGUAAAACAGAUCUGGUGUCUUUAGAUUUACACCUGAGAGAUCCUCACAGGUGAAAAUUAUACAAAUAGAUACUUUUAUACAAGAUUUUAUUAUGCCUGUCAGAAGGAUAAGAAUAGAGAGAUCUGCAAGUCAAUUGCCAUAAAUUUAUGUUUAUAACAAUGUUUAAUUUUACACAACAAUUAAUUUUUUGUUCUAGAAUUUAUAAUUUCAUACGAAAAAUAUUUUUUUUGCGCUAGAGAUCCACAAUUAAAGAUACCUUAUGUAAAAAGUGUAUUGGAUAACAUAAAAUGUUUGUGGGUUUGUUCUUUCGUGGUUUAAAACCAUUUAGAUUGUUUUGUGGUAAAAAAACUUUCCUGGAUACCCCAUAUAAACACACAGUAGUCAAGCAUAUCAGUCAAAUCUGUUAUGUUUAUUUUCGUGGUGUCAUAGCAACCAUGAAAACCGUGAUGUACCAUAUACACAGCAAACAUUUCAUGAUAUAUGUAUUUUUUUAUGAUUAUUAAUAUUUUUGAUAUAUCCUCAAGUAAAGAUUCGUUAUUAUGUAAAAAUGUAAAAUUCUAUAUUAAUUCAUUUCCCCCUGAAAUUUCAUAAUGAACUAUUUCAACCUUUGAAU